AGUAUACUUGGCUUCAACCCACUCAGACCCAGACUCGUAGAAAUCCGCUGCCUUGCGCCAAUUGACUGCAUGACUCGAGUUGAACGUGAUUUCGCGAUCGGUGACGGGCAGGAUGUACUGGAACUUUCCUUCUUGAUAACACCGACGACAGAGCUCGUUGUGCCAGUAGGCGAAAGCGUGAAGGAUGGACAAGAUGAACUUCCGCCAGCACCCGAUUGUAAUGCAACACAAGGCAUUCCAGACGUCGCACGUUUAGUCAAGAGUUGCAUUUGCUCUGGCGUGAAGGAAAUGUGCACCGGAAGGGUACGUUCUUCGCUUUCCAUCAAGGCAGAAUUUUAUCGGCCAGCGCUUGAUCCGACGGAGGUGGCGGGAAGAACACUUUGCCAUCCCCUGCAAAGAAAAAAAAAGACAAACGCCACAGUGGUCAGAUUCGAAUUUCCGGAGAUCGUUUGCCCUGUCUUGUGCAGCUUGGUGAACUUGAAGCGAACUAAUGGUUCAUCCGUAUUAAUCGUCUCCAUCGGGAUAGGGUCGAUCCAGGGUUCCAUUUCUUCCGGGUGUACCACUAUUCAAGAGCAUCGUCAAAACGUUAACCAUGGGAAACCGCUCAGUGUCGUAAUCGUCUACAACGGACACAGGUAUUCCUUUAUUGUUCAAUUCAAUGUAGAUGUCUCCUUUAGUCGCCUCUGUAUCCGGCUUCUUGCACAGACGACCAGCAACUGGGGGGAAGACGCUGAGAGUUUGAGCUAGAGCUUGUUUGUACCGCUCGAAGUCGAUAGAGAUUGUACUAACAGUAAAUGAUAACACUAGAGUGUCGGUUGGUGGAUAAAGUAGCGUCUUCUGGUCUCCGCAUCGUGUAGGAAGCGUUGGGCGAACUAUCCAGGUUUGUUCGGACAUGUUGAGAUCUUUGAGAAGGUUUCUGAGGGGAGGUUUCUGGGGAGGUAUCAAUCUCUGCAGGCAGAUGGUGGCGCCGAGGUCGUGCAGAUAAAAUUAGAGUUGACCGACGGAUAAAUACGACUCUCAUCUGUUCUAGCUGUCAUAUCACUAGUUCCUAUUUCAAUAGAGCGGCGCGGAUCAG